CCCUUGCCCAUUUUGUUACGGAGCAGACUCAGCAAGCUAAAAAUGACAACCUAUUAAAUAACAAACCCAACACAGUUUGACAACUUAUGAUCACUUUCUGUAAUAUAAAACCCUACUGUGUCAGAACUUCCUUUACUCUUUCUCCAUUCUCUUUCAAGCAUACUCUACAAAUGGCUCGUUCUGCACUAGAUGAAGUUUCAGAUUCUGGGUCUUUCAUUAGAACUGCUUCAACGUUUCGUAACUUUAUUUCAAGAGACCCCAGUUCGCAGUUUCCUGCUGAAUCCGGGAGGUACCAUUUGUAUAUUUCAUAUGCUUGUCCUUGGGCCUCUAGGUGCCUUGCAUUCGUGAAGAUUAAAGGGCUUGAGAAAGCCAUUACUUUCACGUCCGUUAAACCCAUAUGGGAGAAAACAAAGGAUGGUGAUGAGCAUAGAGGAUGGGUCUUUCCAGCAACUAAUUCGGAGGAACCAGGAGCUGGACCUGACCCUUUGAAUGGAGCCAAAAGUAUAAGAGAGCUGUAUGAGCUUGCAAGUACAAACUACUCUGGGAAGUUCACGGUGCCUGUUCUAUGGGAUAAGAAGAUGAAGACAAUUGUUAAUAAUGAGAGUUCGGAGAUAAUUCGCAUGCUUAACACUGAAUUCAAUGAUAUAGCGCAAAAACCUGCCCUGGAUUUGUAUCCUGCUGACCUGCGAGAUCAAAUUGAUGAGACUAACAAAUGGAUAUAUUAUGGGAUAAACAAUGGUGUUUACAAAUGUGGGUUUGCAACAAAGCAAGAGCCCUAUGACAAAGCUGUGAAACAAUUAUAUGAUGACCUGGACAAAUGUGAAGCGAUACUUGACAAGCAGCGAUACAUAUGUGGAAAUAGACUGACUGAAGCAGAUAUCCGGUUAUUUGUCACACUUAUAAGAUUUGAUGAGGUUUAUGCAGUACACUUCAAGUGCAACAAGAAACUGUUACGAGAGUAUCCAAAUUUGUUCAAUUACAUGAAGGACAUAUAUCAAAUCUCUGGCAUGUCAAGCACAGUCAAUAUGCAACAUAUCAAGCGACAUUACUAUGGAAGCCAUCCUACUAUCAAUCCUUAUGGGAUCAUUCCUCGUGGCCCCGAUAUUGAUUAUUCAUUCCCUCAUGACAGAGAGAAGUUUUCUGCAUAAUUUCUAUGCACUAAAGAAUCCAGGAUGAGAUAUAGCAUCUGUGAACAUAUUUAUGUGUCUUGGAAAAGUUGGGGUGUGUACAUUCUGUUUAUUGUGUACUUUAAGUCGCUUUGUGCAAGACAAAAAUAAACAUCUAUCUUGUCUAUCCAUAAUAAAACUUUCCUGAUGAAUUUUAUUUUA